UUGUGAAUUCCUUUGAAAAUUAAAAGCUGCGAGCAGUGUGUCUUUGGUCAUGAAGAGUUCGAUAGCAGAGGCUGAAAAUUCUUGUUUUUUUCACCCAGAAGAUCGUAAUGGAUGUCCUGGAUCAAUAUCUGAAAGUUUGUUAGACGUUGAUACGAAAAAAGAACUCCCAAAAGAGUUCGCAAACUAUUUGCGAUCGUUAUUUGACAUUCUAGAUCAAGAUCACUGUGGAUAUAUCAAGUUAACAGACAUCGAAAAUUAUUGGGAUGUUAAAGGACCGUCUUUUUCUGCUAUGAUUGACUACCUCAGACAGUGUUCACCAGAUAACGGACUCAUAAAUUUCGAUACACUUUGUACGGGUCUAAAGUUUGUUGUUCACACUCCAAAUAUUACCUCGCAUUCGAUUCAAAAGGAUCAUGAUUGGACUUCAGAUUCAAGUGAAGAUUCCUUUAGAUUACAUGAUUUUGAAACGAAGGAGCAGCUUUUAAGGAAAUUACAGCCAAAACUUGUGCCAGAAGAGCCGAAAGAUACUUCGUUGAUGGUAAAUGCGACGAAGACUACUCUUGCAAGCAACCAAACAGGAUCUACUUCCAAAGUUUAUUUCGUUGCAAAAGAGCUAAGUUCAAGUACAGCUCAACAUGAACAAGAUGGAUUAAGAGGUGGUGGUACUAACACAGUCUUAGCUAGGGAGAGGAUUGACAUGAAAAUUAGAUCAAAUCAGGUGGAAGAAGAGCUUCAAGUAUUAAAAGAGGGUUUGAAUGUCAUAGAGAAAGCAAGAAAAUGGUACUUCAAGAGAUUUACAGCUGUACAAGAAGAGAAUCUUCUUCUUCAACAGUCAGACAAGAAUUCAUUAGAACAAUUUCAGUAUGAAAUGCUGUUGCACAAAACGAGGAGGAAAGAACUGAAUCUUAAUGAGACUGUUUUCAAGUGUUACAAGAAAAACAUUCAAGAACUUAACAAAUACAUGAAAGAGCUUAUUGAAAACCCGCAUGAACUACUGAACAUUUCUAACUCGAUGGAUGAAUGUUCUAGCACAAGAGAGCAGCUACAACAGUUAAACCAUGACCUAUUGGAAAAGAACAGCAGAAUUGCGCAACUUGAGAAGGAAAAAUCAGUAUUAAUCAGAGACUUGUUCCAGGCAAAAGCUGCAGCUGGUCUUGGAAAUGUGAACAAGUAGUUACUUCCAAAGGGAUGCAUAAUAUCAUCAUGUAUCCAUUAAUAGGCAUUUUAUCCAAAUGUCGUUUUUUAUCUUACCGUGUGUAAGUAUUUAAUAAUAUGAUUAUAUAACAUGAUGUAAGCAGUGCUAAUGGUUGAUUUGAAGCUCACAAAUGAAUUAAAUUAUAUUUAUGUAAAUUAUAUUUUUAUAAUUCUGAGAAAUACUAGUAGACAAAGUAGAAAGAAACUAAUAUUGUUAGUUAUUUUUAUGCAGAUAAUACAUUUUGAAUUAAUAAAGAAGGUAAAACUUU